AUGGAGGAUCUCGCCAAGGAUGUUAUAUACUUUGCUAGAAUCUUGAGGUCACUCUGCAUUGAAGAACAAAAGAUUGAAGGUCUUUGUCGGGAUAUUCAAAGCAGCUAUAAAAGAAGCUUUGUUAAAGUUGAAAAGGAAGAUGAUAAAGUUGAGGUGGAAGAGGAAGUACCUGAGAGUCUUGUCCGGGAGAUCGAGAACGCUUUGUCAAAGGCAAGACUUGCACUUGAAAAUUCUGAGCUAAGGGCCGAAAAAUCAAGCAAACCUCCAAAACGGCCAGUCGAUGCUUCUUGUGUGGGUAAAAGAGUCUCCAAAACGUCUACUGUGACUGAAAAAGGUAAAUCCAAGCCCCAAAAGCAAGUCGUAAGCCGUGCCAUUGCGUCUGGCAGCAAAAAUCGCAACCCUACAACCACAAAACACCGACCUCGCGGUGAUCGAACUGUUUCUAACUACGAUUCUCGUCGAACUUUGAUGCACUCAUAUCUUGGCUGGUAUUUUGGCGACUGUUCUGUCAAUUACUGUCACUCGUUUUCAGAUUGGAGUGUGGCCACACCGGGACAACAUCAGUGGCGAAAUCAAAUGCUGGAAAACUUUGUUGCUCUCUUCAACAUUGCUAUGCAUUUCAAACCGAUUCUUCUAGGCGAUGAAAACACUGCCGUUAAAAUUGCGAACCCACCUAAACAGAAGGAUUUCGCUCCAUCGAUGGAAACCAUAUGGAGAGCCUACGUCUGUUCAGGUCAAAAAGUCCCUUCUUAUACUGAUCCACCGAUCGAGAUUCCCUCUCGUGCAUUCCGAUUAACCCUCGGACCGGCGGUAUUUUCAAAUCAUCCUGAAGUAUAUCGUGAUUUUCAACAAAUGGUGGGUCUUUGGAGUGACAUCCUUCACCUUCAAAGGCGCCUUCAAUGUCUGGAUUACAUUGAAAGCAGACUUCCACACUGGUUACGCCUAAUCGCUGAACAGCCUACUGAAAAGGCGUCGACUCUGCGUCUUCUCUGUCAAAUAGCGUGUGACUGCUAUCCAGUGACGAUAGAAAGGGAAUAG